AUGGACAAAAGCUGGAUGAACUUGACCGAUAGACUUCGUUCGCCUGCAUACGCCGAUGGAGUUAACACUUUCCUCACCCUAGCACGAAACCAUUCUCAGGGUAGUGAGCGCAUUCGGUGUCCAUGUCGUUCAUGCUGUAAUAAUCUCUUCUUGCCUAUACGAAUUGUGGAGACUCACUUGUUCAUUAAAGGGAUCAAUCCAAAUUAUACCCAGUGGGUAUUUCAUGGGGAGGAGGAAACACGAAGUUUCAAUGAAGACGGUGACGAUAGUGUUGCUGAUUACGCCGACGAGUACAUUGAUGACAUGGACCAUAUGUUAGAUGACAUCCGGGCAAGCACAUUUGUCGAUGUUCCCCAAGAUCACAAUAAUCUAUCGCCAACUCGUGGAUCAAUACCAGAUCCCUCCCCAAGUUCAUCUUUCGACCAGCUACUAGAGGAUGCCUGGCGUCCACUUUUUGCUGGUUGUACAAAAUUCUCAAAACUAUCAUUUAUUGUGAAGUUGUUACACAUUAAGACACUCGGUGGGUGGUCAAUAAAGUCGUUUGAUACGCUACUUAACCUGUUGCGGUCUGCCUUUCCUGAUGUUGAAUUUCCACAUUCAUAUGAGGAGUUGAAGUCAUUGGAGCGGGGUUUGAGAUUCAAUUACCACAAAAUUCAUGCAUGCCCCAAUGACUGCAUCUUGUUCUGGAAGGAAAAUGCUAAUCUUAAUGAAUGUCCUAACUCAAGUGAUAUGAGAUGGCAUAAAGAGCAACAGCCGACUGAUGAGGCUAGCCUGAGACAUCCUGCCGACUCAGAGUCCUGGAAGAGAUUUGAUGAAGAACAUAAUUGGUUCGCUCAGGAUGCUCGCAAUGUAAGGCUUGGGAUGUCAAGUGACGGUUUCAAUACAUUCAACAAUAUGUCUAAACCGUAUAGCAUUUGGCCAGUAAUCCUGGUUCCGUAUAACUUGCCUCCGUGGUUGUGCAUGAAAGACCAAUUCCUCAUGACAUCCCUCAUUAUUCCUGGGCCAAAAUCUCCAGGUAAUGACAUCGAUGUUUACUUGCAACCGUUAGUUGAUGAACUGCUUGAAUUUUGGGAACAUGGGGUACCUACGUAUGAUGCCUCUACAAAGGAAACAUUCAUGUUGCAUGCUGCUUUAAUGUGGACAAUCAAUGACUUUCCAGCAUAUGAGAAUCUUUCUGGCUGGUCAACAAAAGGAAAAUUAGCAUGUCCAUCCUGUAAUGUGGACACAGAUUCCAUCUGGUUGAAGUAUGGCCGGAAAUAUUGUUAUAUGGGACAUCGUCGUUUCUUGCCGCCAGAUCACAUGUGGAGAAUGAGAAAACAUUUGUUCAAUGGUAGAGAAGAUCAAUGCAUGCCACCAAGGAUUUUAGAAGGAGCUGAUGUUUUGGCUCAACUACAGAUGCUUGGGGAUGUUCAAUUUGGUAAAUCUGGUCGAAAGAGAAAACGCACUACGGAAGAGUUGAACUGGACAAAGUAUAGCAUUUUCUUCAAGCUACCGUAUUGGGUAACCCUGCUUCUUCUACAUAAUCUAGAUGUCAUGCAUAUUGAGAAAAAUAUUUGUGAUAACAUCUUGUGCACAUUAAUGAACAUUCCUAGGAAAACCAAGGAUAAUAUCAAUUCUCGAUGUGAUUUGGAGAUUUUUCGCUUUAGAAAAGAAUUACAUUUGAAGGUUCAAGGUGAACGUGUUACAAUGCCACAUGCAUUGUACACAUUACACGGUGAUGAAAGGAAUAAAUUCUGUGAAUGGCUGACCGAUGUGAAAUUUCCAGAUGGAUUCGCUUCCAAUAUCUUGCAUUGUGUUUCUGUACGUGAUUGCAAAAUCUCAGGAUUGAAAAGUCAUGACUGUCAUGUUUUUCUCCAAAGAUUACUUCCUAUUGCUGUUGGUGGGUACUUACGAACUGAUAUUGCCUUGGCCUUGACUGAACUGAGCACUUUCUUCAAGGAGUUGUGUGCCCGAACCCUAGAUGUUAACCGCCUAUCUCAACUCCAAAUUGAUAUCGUCACAAUUCUAUGCAAAUUGGAGAUGAUAUUCCCCCCAUCUUUUUUCGAUGUCAUGGUCCACCUAGCUGUCCACUUACCCCGUGAGGCCAUACUUGGGGGUCCAGUACAAUACAGGUGGAUGAAUCCAUUUGAGAGGUAUCUCGGCAAGUUCAAGCGGUAUGUUAAGAACAAAGCUCGUCCAGAAGGCUCAAUAGCCGAAGCCUAUAUUCACAUCGAAUGCCUAACUUUUUGCUCAAUGUAUCUCCAAGAUAUUGAGACGAAGUUUACUCGAAUGGACCGCAACAUUGAUGGUGGAGAAGUGGAGAAUAUAGAUGGAUUCAAGGUUUUCAACCAGAAAGUUCGUCUCAUGGGUGUGGCUUCCAACUUGAAAUUAUCAGAUAAACUCCUCAAGGAAGCCAUAUGGUACGUCCUCAACAACUGCACUGAGAUUGGACACUACCUAGAGGAGCACUACGAGAAAUGUAAGGUGCAUAGCCCAAAUUGUAUCAAUCAAACACAUCAAACUGAGUUUCCAACUUGGUUCAGGAAACGUGUUCAGGCCCAGCGUAUCACCAACCCACUUGAUGUGACUGAUGAUCUGUAUGCGUUAGCAUGCGGUCCUGAACCUAAGGUUGCAUCUUAUGCUGCUUGCAUUAUAAAUGGUAAAAGGUUCCAUACAAAGCAGCGUGAACUUCAGAGGCGUACGCAAAAUUCAGGAGUGUUGGUAACUGGUGACGAAAGUACAAAUAAUGUUGAUUUCUACGGUGUUAUUAAUGAGAUCGUGGAGUUACGCUAUAUGGGUUGGCGUCGGGUGUACUUGUUCAUGUGUGAUUGGUUUGACGUUGGUGAUCCAAGACGAGGGAUACGAGUUGAUAACCAUAUGACCAGUAUCAACAUGGAUAGAACUUGGUAUAAGGAUGAACCAUUUGUGUUAGCAUGCCAGGCUUCCCAGUGUUUUUACAUCAGAGAUAUAAGGGUGAAAGGGAGAUGGUUCGUGGUGCAAAAGUACAUGAAUAGGAAUGUAUAUGAUAUUCCACCGGUGCCAAGGGUGUUAGAAGAUAUGGAUGGCGAAUCAAGUGAUGAUGAUGCCUAUCAAGAAAAUGAAUCAUCAUAUGAUUAUGCACCAUUGCAUUGUGAUGGAUGUCCAGUGUCAACUCCAUUGAAUAGGAAUGAUAUAGAACCUAUCUUGAUUGAUGCAUGA